AUGGUUAUAGAAAGGAAACGUUAUGCUAUUGGAAUUAUUCUCCUAUUCGUUGUUGUCAUUAUAUGGGUUAGCUCUUCAUUUUUAACAAAACACAUUUUUUCACAAAAAGAGUACAACAAACCAUUUGCUAUAACAUAUUUGAAUACUGCGUCCUUUUCAUUGUAUUUAUUAGCAUUUAUUUUUAGUAAAAAACGUCCUGUGGAUAAACAAAGAAUAUUAGAAUUUAACCACGCGUUAUAUGAUACGAAUUCUCAAUUAUCAAAUGAUUCAAAUGAUUCAAUAAGUAAUCAUUCUAUAAAAUCUGACGAUGCUCCCGAAGUUGGCAAUUCUGGCAAUUAUAAUUUAUAUUCCACACCACAAAGUAGUACAUUCGCUUUAGGAUUAAAUAAUGACGAUAAUUCCUUUUUUAUGCGUUCACCUCGUCCAACUGAAGAUUAUUCUUCUAUUGAUCCUCAUGAUUUACUCUCAAACGUCGCUAAAUUAGGGUUUAAAUUUUGUAUGUUAUGGUUUGCAGCCAAUUGGUGCAGUAAUGCAUCUCUUGCAUAUACAACUGUUGCAAGUAGUACAAUUUUAGCUUCUACUUCAGGGUUCUUCACUUUGGGAAUCGGAUCUCUAGCUGGAGUUGAGAAAUUUACAUAUGUUAAAUUAUUAGCUGUCUUUGUUAGUGUCAUUGGAGUUUCCUUAAUUUCUAUUGAAAGACCUGAUGAAGGUCAGGAUAAUCCCGUUGAUCCCUUUUUUGGUGAUUUUCUGGCAAUUCUUAGUGCAUUGUUUUAUGGAUCUUAUUCGGUUUUUUUAAAAAUUCGAAUACAACGUGAAUCUCGGGUCAAUAUGCCCUUAUUUUUUGGAUUUGUUGGAUUAUUUAAUGUUUUUUUAUUGUGGCCUCUUUUUAUAUUGUUACAUCUUUGUGGUUUUGAAUAUUUUCAACUUCCAUCUAAUGGAGUUCUAUUGAAAACGGGAUAUUUAAUUGGUGCAUUGUUAGUUGUGAGUGGAUUUCUUGGAGUAAAUUUUGAGACUUUGAAAGAUGGAUAUAAAUUUAAAUCAUUAAUGAAUGAAGAUAAUAUAGGUCAAGAUUCUAGACAAGAUUCAAGAUGUUAA